AUUUUCGGGACAAUAAUACGAGAGAAUAUCAGCAGCGACACGAUGUCAGAGGGUUGCACGAGUUGCAGAGGCGCGAAUUAUGCGGGCAAUUCUUUACAAUUGGGCACGACUCCCGGUGGCAACACCGGAAGCUCGUCGUCUACUUCUGGAACAAGCAGCACAACUACAAGAAGAGUUCAAGUCCGCGCAAAAGUGCUCUAUGGCACAGGCAAAGCGAUAGCGAGCUUGCAAGCUCAAGAGAAAGCGGCCAGACACUGACGAGCAUCAUCCUUUCUUCUCUCUCCUACGCAUUAUCAUCAAAGUUGGGAGAAGAAAACGAUAAAGCAAAAUAUUACAUCAAAAAUCAAACGUCAAAUUACGAAGUAGAAAUUUCCGACAAAGACGAACAAUUGCUUUUCGCAUCAACAAGUAAUUUGGAGAAAAGGGUAAAUACUUCAUCGGACUGCAAUCCUUUAACUCCAAGCAUCCAGAAAAGCGAUACAAAUACUUUGUAUUCUAUCGAAGCAACUCGUUUGAAAUAUGUACAAAAGUUGCUAAAGGAAAAGAUAGAAAAGGGAAUAGCAACGGAUGUGUUACAGCCGAGGGAUUCCGCCGGAAUUACGUACAUUCGUGCAAAAGAGACGAAUCAGACGGGAAAUGGAAUUCGACAUGAAUUUUUGAACGCAUCGCGUACUUCUGCAAGCUUCACAGUGGCAAAGUCGGUCAAAAAAGAAAAGGAAAAUGAAGACAAUGAAAAAAUAGAAGAUAUAAAGUUAUAUCAAAAAGAAGAGUCUUUAACCGAACCAUUGAAUAAUGCGGAUAUCAAAAAUAAUAUUCCGAAAUCGUUGAACAAUAUUAAAAGUAACACGUCGCAGCAAGUAAAAUUUUUUGAACAACAGAAUGACGAUGAAAAAAUAAAUAAACAUUUUAACAAAAGUGACAAAGUUUUUUCGUCAACCAAAGGACAUUUUGUUAAAAAUUCGAAUGAAAGUUUGAUCCGAAUGAGCAAUGCGAUGAUACAGAAUACUGAUCCGAAAGUUGGAAAUCAAACUUUCGAGAGUCGCAUCGAACAAGAAAACUGGGAACCCGCAGAAGACGAUCUGAUGGAAGCUGCAGAUUUUGGAUUGCAAGCCAUGCACAAACUUUUCUACAUCCAGGAACCCAAGUUACAUUCACUAGGUCUUUAUCUUGGACGCGACAAUCCAGCGAGAUACGUGGCAGCAUUUAACGAUCAAUCGAAGGAGGCGAGAGAUCUCGCAAAAUUCGGAUACGCAGUUCUUCAAGGUACCGCUAUGUUCUUAAAAAAAUUUCCCAACGCACCAUUAGAAUUACCUUUAUCCCGAACUAAGUUUAACCGAAGAACUCUGUUGGAACAACAAUGCCCGCAAAGAGACCCACCUCAAUGCCCACCGGCUAGUCUAAGAUACAGAACAUCUGACGGUAGCUGUAACAACUUGCAAAAUCUCUGGUGGGGUUCCGCGAUGUCUGCGAUGCAGAGAUUUUUACCACCGGAAUACGAUGAUGGCGUUCAAAGCAUUAGAAGAUCGAAAAAUGGAAGACCGCUCCCGUCUGCGCGAGAUAUCUCGAGUCUAGUCCAUGAAAGUAAAGACAUUCCUUUGGCAUCCGUUACUCACAUGCUAAUGCAAUGGGGACAAUUCGUAGAUCAUGAUUUGACAGCGACCGGUCAAAGCAGAGGAUUUAAUGGUACAGUGCCACAAUGUUGUUUACCAAGAGGUGUCGGUUUUCAAUCGCCAGAGUUUAUGCACCCGGAGUGUUUACCAAUAGCAGUGAAUCUACGCGACAGCUUCUACGGUCCUCUGGGCGUAAGAUGUUUAGAGUUUCUCAGAAGUGGACCGGCUCCUAAGGAGGGCUGCAAAUUCGGCGCUCGAGAACAACUCUCCCAAGUGACCAGUUAUCUGGAUGCGUCCACAGUUUAUAGCAGUAACGCCAUACAUAGUGACAGUCUGAGAAUAUUUCGAAACGGGUUGUUGCAAUACGGAAAAAUUCAAUCGCGACGACCUAUGCUUCCAAAACGUGAAUCCGAUCUGUGUAAACGCGGAUCCUUGUCGACGACGUGCUUCCGAGCCGGUGACGGACGUCUCACCGAGCAGCCUGCUCUUACAUCCCUACACGUCGUCUUUCUAAGAUUGCACAAUAGGAUAGCUACAGAACUAUCCGCCUUAAAUUCCCAUUGGAGCGAUGAGAAACUUUUUCAAGAAACCCGAAGAAUCAUUGGCGCCGUAAUUCAACAUAUAACUUAUCGAGAGUUUCUGCCGAUCGUUCUUGGUCCUCAUGUGAUGAAAAUUUUUGAUCUGGAAGUUCUCAAAAAAAAUUACUACGAAGGAUACGAUCCGACCAUAAAUCCUACAAUUGUAAAUGCAUUUUCAACAGCGGCCUAUCGAUUCGGACACUCGUUGGUCCAGCAGAGUUUUGUCAGAUUUGACAGCAAUCACAGGCCUAUAUUUAAUAAUGUCUCGAUCCACGACGAGUUUAGCAAUCCGGCGAAUUUGGAGACGGCGGGAUCGGUCGAUCGUCUUCUUUUGGGGCUAGUGAAUCAACCGUGCCAGAGAAGAGACGAAUUCAUAACCGAGGAGAUGACGAAUCAUCUCUUUCAAACACCCGGCUUCGGAUUCGGUAUGGAUCUGGCUUCUCUCAAUAUCCAGCGAGGCAGGGAUCACGGUCUGCCGCCUUACGUGCGAUGGCGCGAGCCUUGCAGCUUGUCCCCGAUAAAAAACUUCGAAGAUCUCGAUAGAGUGAUGUCAUCGGAAAUCGCGAGGAAAUUUAGAUUGCUAUACUCGUCGGUGGAAGAUAUCGAUCUCUUUUCGGCCGGGCUGGCGGAGAAGUCAGUGGCCGGUGGCCUGGUCGGUCCAACCUUUGCCUGCAUAAUCGGCCAGCAGUUUAGCAACCUUCGACGCGGCGAUCGAUUUUGGUACGAGAAUGGUGAAAGCGAAAGUAGCUUCACUGCCGGUCAGCUGCAGCAGAUUAGACGAACCACUCUAGCCCAAGUACUGUGCCGAACGAUGGACGGCAUCGAGACCAUACAACCGUUUGUCUUUCUCGCAACGGAUACGUUGAAGAACCGACGUCUGUCCUGCGACGAUCCGAUCAUUGGACAAUUGGAUCUCGAAUUUUGGGCCGAACGACCGUCCGAAUUCAGAAGCUACGUCGACGAAUCGCACAAGAUGAAGGCCGGUAUAGGUGAUUCUAUUUCGAAAUCGAAAGAAGAAAAUAUCAAUUCGAGAAGGAAGAUUAGCAAUCAAGAACAAGCAAAGAUUCAGCCUUUCAAAGGCAGCAUUAAUCAAGAAAAUAAAAUUAUCAUAAAAAGACCGCUUGGACGUCCGGAUAACAAUAAUGUCACAAUCGUGGUCCAGAACAAUGCCGUGAAUUCGCCAGUUUUCGUGAACGAGGGUAUUUACAAUUCGCACAUCAAGAUACAGCAGCCUGCCACCAAACCAAUUUCGAAUCUUAAUCAAGCUGUAAACAAUUAUCGGCCCGUAUAUCGGCCGCAAGCGAAACCGAUACCCACGACAAUUCCCCAUUCGACAAGUUUUCAUUCGGCGAGUUAUCCGUAUGUUCCUCACGCUUUCGACGAUCCUAGUAACCCGAAUCCGCUCGCUUACGGAUAUAGAUCCCCUACCUUUGCGCAGGAUGAUGUCUUUUACGACAAUUAUUCUCCCACAAGUCCGAGGCCUACUCUCUAUACCUAUUAUACGAAUUUCCAGCAAAAAUAUACCACCCAGAUGCCCAAUCGCGAGGUCGAUGGUUAUUUAAUCAAUUACGGAUCCUCGUAUAAUAAUCACGAUUCGCACACUUACGAAAAGCCUUUGAUCAAUCCUGAACAUCAUUAUGAAUUAAGCGAUAAACAAAAAUCAACGCAGAAGCCUGACGUUAAUUUUAAACUUCCAUCAAACGUGCCGUCGAAUUUUAAGCCAAAUUAUGCAUCGAACGACGAAUCUUAUCAUACUCACAAAACAAGUUACGAACAUAAACUUUCAACAACCAUGCGACCGAAUUAUGAAUCAAACAACGAAGCGUACUAUGGACAGAAACUAUCUAUCGUAGGUAAUAAAUCUAAACCUGCAACCAACUCACCAGACGAUGAAUCGUAUAGAUUACAGAGACCGGCUUACGGCGAAUUUAUGUCUCCAGCAAACUUACGACCGGAUUCAAAACCAAAUCAAUCAUAUGGCAUACAAAAGCCGCACGGUAUAGAAAAUUUACAGAAUGACAAUUUAAAUAACAAACCGAAUCAAGAUUACCAGGUCAAUCUGAAUAAGCCACAACAUCAAGAGCAAUGGAACUCGAAUAAUUAUCACGUGAGACCUUCUUCUGAGAGACCAUAUGAUUACGAUGAUCCUGAUGCAUAUCGUAAAAAACCAAAUAUUAAACCGCCAAGUUAUAACAUUAACAACUCCCAUCAAACAACACCGAUUAACAGGCCAAAUAAUGAAUAUAGUUCUCAAUUUUGGACAAAAGAUUCUAACAAGGAUUCCCUGCAAGAUAGACUUUAUGGAUUUAUUUCGAAUUCUGAAACAAGCACUUCUUCAUAUCGAAAAGGUGCAUCUCCAACAUUGAGUACUUUAUUUCCUACAAAUCAUAGUAAUUAUGAUCGAUAUUUCAAUGCAACUUUGAUUUAUCAAAAAAUACUAUCAACUACUCCAAAUAAUGGGAUGGAUGUCUCAUCUUAUAUAACAGAAAGUAGUCAGCCUCUUCAAAGCGAUUCUUUUAAUCCAAAUAAUUCUCCAUUCAAUCAGAAAUUAACAAAUUAUCCGAUAUAUCAAAAAGACAAUCAACCACCAUUGCCUCCUUAUUCAAAAGAAUCGAUCAAUAGACCGUCUACUACGGAUUCGUAUAAACAUGAUAAUUCUUAUAAAAAUCCGAUCAAAUCACCUGAUUUAAAUGGCCCAUUAUUAUCCAGUACUCCAUAUUGGUUAGAAAUCUCGACGAUUAAUUCUCCGAUACAUGGGAAAGACGGAAAUCUCAAUCCAAAGCCAACAAAGGUACAAAGCGUAACAAUCGUCACUGAAACACUCGAAACGGUCCAUCAUCCUGGUCAUUCCGGAUACAUAUCUCAAUAUAAAGUUACCAGUGAAGUUCCAAGACCAUUAGCACAGCAGAUAAAAAGCAAUAUGCCAAAAAUCCCAAAACCGGGACAAUAUUAUUACGAAAAGAACGUACUAUAUCGAUAUCCGGAUGAAAUAAUCGAUCAGAUUCCUACAAAUAAUCAUUAUUCGGCUGAUAAAUCUCGAGAAGUAUUUGUUCAAGAUCAGAAAGCAACACCUAAAAAUAUCGCAGAGGAAACAUCAAUUAUGAACGAUUCGAUAAUAAAUUCUAGAAUGAUUCCAAGCGAUGAAAAUAAAUUAACAACAUCUAUGCUAAUCACUGAUAGUAACAGAGACGAUACGAUGAGUGAUCUUCAACGUACUUUUUCGACAGAUAUUCAAAGCGUUGCACCAGCUGACAUUUCCGAUAGGAUAAAUCGUUGGAUGAAACCACAAGAAGAUCUAAAUUUACCAUCGAUACUGGAAAUGCCCGAAAUUCCAUUAGAUAAAUUUGCAGAUGUGAAGGAAUUACCUAAGCCCAUUAAAUCAAGGAUUUAAGCUAUUUAAAAUUUUACGCUUCUUGAUUCAUCUUCAAUAUUUUCGAUUCUCGAAUGAAACCAG